CUGCGUUUUGAGUUGCACGGCCAGAAUGGUGAUAUGCACGGCCGUGCACCCUGGCCGUGCGAGUCGGGAUUUCCUGGUUUUAAGCCAAAUUCCGAACCAAAGAAGGGGGAGAGCUGGGUUUUGGAUCCCAAACACCCAAGGGACGAACCCUAGAGAGAGAGGGCGAUUUGAGGGCAUUCUUGGAGUAGAGAAGGAGGAUUUCUUCGCCUUGGAAGCUCGAGGAACAAGCCCGAACUUGAAGACUGAUCAUCUGAAGAUUCUUACUGCAGUCUCUCUCUUCUCUAUGGAGUAACUUCCCUUCACUUAGGUUUUGAGGAACCCUAGCUAUGUUUGUUUGAUUGGAUGAUUGUAUGAGUACUCUGACUGGAUAAUCUUGAGUUCAUAUUCAAUCUAUGCAUGUUUUCAUGAUUCAAUUCUGCUUUAGUCGAGAUUAUUGAUUCUGCUUUGAUCCUAUGAGAGGGAAUACCUGAUUAGGUCAAUAGAGCACCAUAGAUUGAUAGUAGUGGAUCGAUUGCUUUAGUCGAGGGUUGAUUCACUGCUUUGUAUCGAUUGAGAACCUCUUUUGAUAGAGGGAGUCUAGUUCAGAACGCCUUGAUCAGUUGUUCUAGAGAAGGAUACGUCCCUCUAGGCAAUUGACUCAAGAGGGCCUUGUUCCUUUAGUCGAGACUCAAGGUCUAGUCAAGGAUUCUCCGCAUUGUGCAUGAAAGUGAAACAGGUUAGAGAUCAUCAAUCGUUAAUCUGGCUAGUGGCUAGGGGGAAUCAUACCUAAGUGAGUUCCCAACCUGUAAUUAGAUUAACUUUAACUGUAGUUUGCUAGAGUAGUUUUAGCUCUUUCAUCUUAAUCUGGUUUGCUAAAUAAUAAACUGAAGCUGAGUAAUAGUAACUCUAGAGACCCGUGGAUUCGAUAUUUAUCACUUGAGCCACUAUACUGCAGUCCCUUCCAUUGGUUACACUUGGCCAUUGUUAGGAGUUGUGUUUUUGGAGUGUCAAGUUUUUGGCGCCGUUGCCGGGGACUUUCUAGAGUAUUAGGAAAGGCAGAAGUUUGUUACUUUAGCAUUUUUCGUUUCUUUUCUUUUCCACCCUUGCUUUUCACUUGGGUGUUUUUGUUUUUGUUGGUGCAGAUCUGAAUCAUGGAUCCUCAUGGCUUCUCCAAUCAUUGGGGGUAUCCACCACCAUCUGGGUGGUAUUACCCCGAGACUCCCUGGAGCAAUCAAGGCGGAGAAGACUAUGGAUUCGGGUUCCAGUACCAACCCCCUUAUUACGGAGAACAACCGGACCCCUGGGCAUAUCAAGAACAACCUCAUUACCAAGAAGAAUUUCUCCCACAACCAGAAGGGCCAUUGGAGCUGGAAUUACCCAUGGCGGCCUUCACGGGCCAUUCUGCAGAGCCAUGCUACACUCCACAGCCGGAUCCACACUAUGAUUUGAGGCUUCUCAUGGAGAGAUCAUGCUCCAGUAUGGAUCAUUGUGUCCAGGCCUAUCGUGAAACAGAGGGGAUCCUCCUGAGCCUUAAGAAGAGCGUCGAUGAUCUUGAGCGAUCUUGGGCGCAACCUGCUCCAGAUCACCCUUCUGCUACCAUACAAGAAGAUGAGGAGGAAGAAGAAGGCUACAAGGACAUUGUGGAGCACACUGAAGUUGUUACGGAGAGCUCCCGUGAUGAUCAUGAUCAGGAGUGUCCUGUCGUAGCCGACCAAACCUUCCCACACCCCAAACUGAGCUUUGAAGAGGCGGGCAUGAGUGAGGAGAUGCAAGAAGAUCUCAUGAAAGAAAUUGCUUGGCAACUUGCUCUCCAAUCCGUGCUAGAAGAAGAAGAGCAAGAAAGGGUGCAGAAAGAAGUUGUGGAGGAUGACGAAAGUGAAGCAGGAGGAGUUCUUGAUCAUUUCCCAGGGGUGAUACCACAUGAAGAAGGAAGGGAGGCUGAAGAAGCAAUUGGCGUCCAGGCUGAGGACGGAGUUAAGGUGGAAGAGGCCUGCACUGGCCAUGAGUUACAUGUGAUAUCUCCACCAAACCUCGAGGAACUGCUUAGCAAGGACCCAUUUGCAGUGUCUCUUUGCCAGACCAAGGCCACCUCGACAUCGGUCCCUCUUGGUGGACGCGAUGGUGGCCAAUCGAUGCUGUCUUAUCUGGUUUGGGGCAAUGAGACGAGAGAAGAGAAGAAGAGGUCUCGAGGGUGGAGACUUCAUCUGCAUCAAGUACAUGAGCCUUCAUCACCUGCCACAUCACAUGCUCAUGACUUGAGACUCCACCUCAUCGACGAGAACCUCAACUUCAAGGAGGUUCUAGCAUGGACCGAAACUUAGGAGCCAUCGUCCGGCUCACGACGUGAAAGAAGCGCUUGUUGGGAGGCAACCCAACUAGUCGGUUUGCAUUUCUUUCUCUAUUUCUCUUCGGUGGAGUCAGUUUUGUUCUUUGAUUUUCGAGUCAAUAACUCAACCUUUGUGAGAUUUUGUGUGGUGUUUGUGUUCUGAUUACUCUCUCUUUCUGGAAUGCACCGCCUGACCCGUUCAUCAUCAUUCACCCUUGAUCUGGUAACUUCGUUCUACCCUCUUUAUCUUUCCUCCAUUGAGGACAAUGUCGUGCUUAAGUGUGGGGGGAUGUUCGAUUAUGUAUGCGGGUGAAUGUUUGGCUGUUUGUGUGCUUGGAGCCUAGUCCACUGUCCAAAUUUUUAAAUUUGAGGGCUCCAAGUACGUGUUCCAUGCAAUUGCCUGCUCAGUAUGCUUUGAAUUGACAGUCUUUACAGUAAUAUGCAACCUAGGGAGGUAGUGUAGCACUAUGGAGGAUGUUGAUGCAUUUAAGAAGUCUCAUUUCUUCUUCAUAUAAAGUUGGUUGAUUGAGUGAAUUAGUGAUCUUAGGACCCUUGAAUUGUGCGGUGUUGUGGAUUUUCUACCUGUCAUGGACUCUUGUAUCAUGUUUUGAAAAUAACAGGUGCUCGACAAUGUGCUUCAAAAUAAACGUCUCCCGUGCGAAUAGGGCGAAAGUGUAGUAAGGGGAGACGGGAAUCCGUUCCCAAUUUCCACCUACUACCUCCAGCCCCCUUACAUGUCUUUCCCCCGCACGAGGCUCGAGACAUCCGCUCCUGGCAUGGCCGGUAAGAGCAGGUUGGGACCCUUGAAAAGAAAAAAAGAAAAGAAAAAUAACAGAAAACAAGCAAAACAGAAAAAGGGGUUCCAACCAUCUUCAAAGAAAAUCGAGCACCUUGAAAAAUGUGAGUCCAUGAUCUUUUGUUUUUUAGAAUCUCUUCAUCCACAAUUCAUUUGUCCUCUGUUCACUGUUUGCCAUGAUGCCGACUGACCGAAGAAGCUAUGAGAUGACUUGUGCGUCGGUUGACCUCGUAAGCUGCUAAAUGAUCUAGGAAGUCCUCUACCUACGAUCUAGGUUGUUUGUUGCUAUAGAGGUCUGGAGAGUUGCAUUGGUUUGAGUUAGGUUUGCUUGGGGACAAGCAAACGGUUAAGUGUGGGGGAGUUUGAUAACGAUGUAAUUGCACAUGUUUGCGCCCCUAGUUCUUAUCCGUUUGAGGGGCAUAUUCGUGUGUUGUGGCCUAUUUUAUGCUAGGUUGUGUUCCUUUGUCCCAUUUCAGGUCCUAGCACAUAAAGUGAAGCAUAGGCG